CUGCACACAAACCGGCCCCCACGCCACCCUGGUAUCAGGGAGGUGGCAAAGGGCCAGAGAGACCCGAGGGACUUUGGCUCCAUCUCUACAAAAAAGCACUUUGUGAGUCAGCCUGUUCCCCUCCAGGUUCGCUCCUCCCCCACUCAGCUCCUGUUUCCAAUGCACGUACAGCCCGUACACACUGUGUCCGGGACACUGUACAGUCAGCCACAUGGCUCUCCUGUGCCCCAGCCCCUGGCUCCCCCCGUUGAUCUCAGCCCCUGCUCCAGGUCCCAGUGUGCAGCUGCUGCUGUUACUGCUGCUCUUGGUGCCUGCCCAUCCCCAGAGCCUAUCCCGGAUGCAGGGGACUCCCUCCGUGGGAGGAGAUUCAUCUGCAGAAGAGGAUCCACUGGGCGAGGAGGACCUGCCCAGUGAAGAGGAUCCCGCUGCAGAGGAGGACUCACCUGGAAUGAAGACUGAAACGGAGGAGGAGGAGGACUCUCUGAAGAUAGAGGAUCUACCCACCCCUAAGGCUCCCGGUGACACUCACGUGCCCCAGAACAAUGCUGAACGGAACCACAAAGGGGAUGGCCACAGUCAUUGGCGCUAUGGAGGCGGCCCGCCCUGGCCCCAGGUGUCCCCAGCCUGCGCAGACCGCUACCAGUCCCCAGUGGAUAUCCGCCCCGAGCUCACUGCAUUUUGCCCGGCCCUGCGACCCCUAGAACUCCUUGGCUUUGAGCUCCCGCCACUUCCAAACCUGCGCCUCCGCAACAACGGCCACACGGUGCAGUUGACUCUGCCUCCCGGGCUGGUGACGGCCCUGGGUCCCGGGCGGGAGUACCGGGCCAUGCAGUUGCAUCUGCACUGGGGGUCUGCGGGUCGGCCAGGCUCGGAACACACGAUUGGCGGCCACCGUUUCCCUGGCGAGAUACACGUGGUUCACCUCAGCACUGCAUUUGCCGAAGUUGACGAGGCCUUGAGGCGCCCAGGAGGCCUGGCGGUGUUGGCUGCCUUCCUGGAGGAAGGCCCCGAGGAAAACAGCGCCUACGAGCAGUUAGUGUCACAUCUGGGAGAAAUUGCAGAGGAAGACUCAGAGACUUGGGUCCCAGGACUGGAUGUGUCCGCACUGCUGCCCUCCGACCUCAGCCGCUACUUCCGAUAUGAGGGGUCUCUGACCACACCCCCCUGUGCCCAAGGGGUCAUCUGGACUGUGUUCAACCAGACAGUGAGGCUGAGUGCUAAGCAGCUCCACACCCUCUCUGGCUCCCUGUGGGGACCUGAGGACUUGCGGCUACAGCUCAACUUCCGAGCCACGCAGCCGUUGAAUGGGCGGAUUAUUGAGGCCUCCUUCCCUGCCGAAGCGCAGCAGACCAUCGAGCCAGGUGCAGGUUCGUCUGUCCACCUGAAUUCCUGCCUCGCUGCUGGUGACAUCCUGGCCCUAGUGUUCGGCAUUCUCUUUGCCAUCACCAGUGUCGCCUUCCUUGUGCAAAUGAGAAGGUGGCAAAGACAUCCAAGGGGCACCAAAGGGCCUGCCAGCUACCACCCAGCCGAGGCCGCUGAGACGGGUGCCUAGAGGCCUGGAACUUGGAGCACGUGCAGUGAGGAGCCAGCCAGAGGAAUCUGGAGGGCGGGGUGCUGGAGACUGUUCUAGCCUGCUCAUUACACCACAGCCCUUUUAAUCACCAAAUAUAUUU